AUGUUCACGGAUAUUGUUGCGGCGGUGUGUAUCGCCUGGUAUAUUUUCAUAGCCUGCGUGUGCGGCAUUGGCUACGUCUGUUUAUUCCUCUACUACCGUCAGGCUCCGCAACAAGCGGCAGUCCUCUCAUUCAAGUCGCAGACAGACAUCCCCAAUGUCACGGUCAUUCGGCCCUGCAAGGGCCUCGAGCCCUACCUCUACGAGUGUCUGGCGUCGACAUUCUACCAAGACUAUCCUCGGGAUAAGAUAGCCGUUCACUUCUGCGUGUCUUCGCGCUCCGAUCCCGCACACGACACGCUCAGGGCCGUCGUCAGAGAUCACCCAGGUCACAAUGCGCGCAUUUUCGUCGAAGAGGAAGACGACGGCCUUGCCAAUGGAGACAAGGAAGAGAGCCAAUAUCGCAAGCUGCUUGGCCCCAAUCCCAAGAUCCGGAACAUGAGCAAAGCAUACCGCGAGUCAGGCAAGAAUCAUCUCAUCUGGAUCAUCGACUGUAAUGUCUGGGUCGGUCGCGGUGUGUGUGCGCGCAUGGUGGACAGGCUCUGCGGAUUCACGCGAGAUGGUCAAGCCUCAGCAUCAGCAACACCAUACAAGUUGGUCCACCACCUUCCCAUCUCGGUAGAUGUCGACACGUACUCGGUCAUCAAUGGCCGUGUUGACAGGCAGUUGACAGCUCCGUCGUCCUACGACACGGGUACCACCUCUGCUGCAACAGGUGCCUCCUCCCGCAGCACACCACCUGCUGCUGAUACAUUGGCUCAAUACGGUGGCGGCCGCCUCGAAGAAAUCUUCCUCUCCUCUUCACACGCCAAGAUGUAUGUUGCCAUCAACACCGUCGCGGUGGCACCCUGCAUUAUCGGCAAAUCCACAAUGUUCCGGCGGGCACAUCUUGAUUAUCUCACGUCGCAAGCCGCUCUGGAGCACGCCUUAAAGGAAGCAGGUCCUAACCCCCUCGAAGCGAGAACGGGGAUCGACUUCUUCUCCCAUAACAUUUGCGAAGACCACCUGAUCGGAGACUUGCUGUGGAAGUCACGCCUUCCUGCCACCCCGGAUCUGCCGGGUAACAUGCGCAAUCACGGACUGGUCUUUGGCGAUCUCGCCAUUCAGCCUAUUUCAUCAAUGUCUGUGACGAACUACAUCUCUCGCCGCGUGAGGUGGCUUAGGGUCAGGAAGUUUACCGUUCCUGUCGCGACGCUCGUCGAACCCGGCACGGAGAGCUUCUUGUGUAGUGCCAUGGGUUCUUAUGGGUUGACAACGUCAGGAACCACAAGGCAUUGGGCGGGGACUAGCUGGACCGCAUUCUGGACCUGGUGGGUCCUGAGUAUCCUAUGCUGGAUGGCCGUAGAUUGGACGGUGUUCCUCCUUCUACACUCUGGCCGGACAGUGGAAGUGGGUGGCGGUGGAGAUGAAAACGUGCCAGCGUUCGCGAGACCUUUGGCCACGGGUUCCAAGGCGCGGAGGAAGUUCACCACCUGGAUGAUUGCGUGGCUAGGUCGCGAAGCACUUGCGCUGCCCGUGUGGUCGUGGGCCAUCUGGGGCGGCACGACCGUCGCCUGGCGAGAUGGGAAGUACUGGGUGGGACUCGACAUGAGGGUUCAUGAAACCAAGGACCGCCAGCGGGACAUGAGCAGGACCAACGGCCACGCUGUAGGUGUGCAGCGGCUGAUGACUGGUAAAGAGAGGAUACAAUGA